GCCAACCUCCAGUCUCUCUGAAAAAACCUAUCUCGACAUCCCGAGUAAUACUAACCACAGUCCCCCGCCACGUUACGGAAACAUCGACUGUAACAUAUUCAAAAUGUCUGAGGGCGGUGAUAUCGAGGUCAUCUCCAACGUCCUUCCCAAGGAUGUUGCUAAGGAGGUCGGCAACGUCAAGUUGUUCAACAAGUGGGACUACGAUGUUGAGGUUCACGACAUCUCCUUGACCGACUACAUCUCUCUGCGCAACCCCGUCUACGUCACCCACUCCGCCGGCCGAUAUGCCGUCAAGCGAUUCCGCAAGGCCAACUGCCCUAUCAUCGAGCGUCUCACCAACUCCCUGAUGAUGCACGGCCGCAACAACGGCAAGAAGCUCAUGGCUGUCCGCAUUGUUGACCACGCUUUCGAGAUCAUCCACCUCAUGACCGACCAGAACCCUAUCCAGGUCGCCGUUGACGCCAUUGUCAACUGCGGUCCCCGUGAAGACUCUACCCGUAUCGGUUCCGCUGGUACCGUCCGUCGUCAAGCCGUUGAUGUUUCUCCUCUCCGCCGCGUCAACCAGGCCAUCUCUCUUCUCACCACCGGUGCCCGCGAGGCCUCUUUCCGCAACGUCAAGUCUAUUGCCGAGUGCCUUGCUGAAGAGCUCAUCAACGCCGCCAAGGGCAGCAGCAACUCUUACGCUAUCAAGAAGAAGGACGAGUUGGAGCGUGUAGCCAAGAGCAACCGAUAAAUGCUUUUCAUGUUGUUCAUGGGAUUGUUGGGGUGCUUAUGGCGUGGUUCUGGCAUCUUUCAGAAUUGCAUAUUUUGUGCGUUCAGGUCUGGGAACGCUGUUACGAAAAUGUGACAUGGCUCUAAAGUCUAAAUAAAAUGGGCUCUGCAAGGGCGAAUUGAUUUAAAAAAUGAAAAUUACUUCUCACAUCUGGAUUAUCGGUGUAAGCGAACUGUUUUGCAUGUGAUCACUAGUAAAAGGCAAUGCAUUCAAUCUAUCAUUCUCUGAGACUAUUUUGUCUCAUUGGAUAUCUAUAUGUUUGGGUCAUAAUUGUAGUAGUUUCCGUCUUCAACAAAAAUCUUAGCCAUGACUUAGUAAAUUCGCAUCUGCUUGAUGCCAAUCUUCAGUCGUUGAAACAUGCCAACAUGGGCAAUGCCUUCUUCCCACCACCGACCCAUUCCUUCAUCAACCUUAAAUCCCCAACGUUCCCAGGCACCCUUUACUUGCUCUUGGGCAUGGACACAGACGAGGCCAUUCCAGGAGGGAAUAUCUGUUUCUCUAGUGGCCCCCAUCUGCUCCAGCCCCAGUUCCGUGAUGCUGGGGUCAAAGUAGGAUGGAUUUUGUCUGAGCCAGUCAAGGACGGUAGAUACAAGUAAGCCGGCGAUUUUGUUUCCACGGUAGUCUUUCUGGACUGCGAGACGCCCAAGCUUUACGUACGGUUCUUUGCCGUCAUGAAACGUUGUAGCGCGAUCAGCCACGAAAGGCUUCUUAGCAUCCAGUUCAGGUUGGGGUUUAGCCUGCGCAGGUUGGUCGUCUUGCAGGAUGCCAUUCCAAUAGUGACCAUCUCUCAGGGGAUGGGGAUCAUGAGGAAAGGGUACAAGUCGUAUUGUCCCUAUAGGUGUUGUGCGCGUUGAACUCUUGCGCGGCUGUACGACAUUUCCAGCCUCGUCACGGACUUCGUGUUCUUCGGUUUUGUGGACGCUCGCGUAGGCUACCCAAUGACAGCUUCUGGAGUCAUCCGCAUCGAAUUCGUUGUUGGCGGGGACAUUUUGUUCAUCUACAAAAACGUCCGCUCUGAUCUCCAUCGCAUCGAGGAAUGUCUUUGGAAGGGAGGCUUGCUGCUGCUCGCGGGGAGUCCCAAUUCUAUACCCGUCGAGCUUACUGGGCUCAAGAAGCGAGAUGAAAGGUGUUCCCAUGUUUGCUUUGUUGGAAGGUGCACUGUCGGGCCUGACGAGGGUGUAGAAGACAGCCGGUGGAGGCGCCAACUGGAAAGCCCAAAGUGCUAUAGAGGUGGGAGAUGGGUUGCUGAUGUGGCGUAUUUUGUGAGCUGCAGGUGUGAGACGACGUCACCCGUCUAGGUCGUGCGUGAGGAGGUGCUGCUAUGAGAACAGCGGGGUGGCUCUUUUGGGAGCUAGCUAGUGUGGCUGCAGCUGCUCCAAUGAGUCUAAUGGCGGUCUAAAUU